AUGAGUGAAUAAUAAACACCUAAUCGAGGGAGAUUUUUAUCACCAUAACCAUAAAAUUAACAAUCAAGAGUUAAUUCUGAGAGUCAUAUUGUCAUUCCAAAUGAUAAGAUGAAGAGAUCUAGUGCAGGAGGGUCAAGCGUAAGAGUGAUUAACUCACCUCCUGUUGCUAUGACAUAAUCGGCUGUAGUAAAUCAAUUAGAGUACUUCUAAAUGCCUAAUGGAUCAAUAUAGCCAAUGAUAACAUCAAAGAUAGUUCCCACUCUUGUUAGACCUUAGUAAACCAUUAUCAUUAAGCAAGAUGGAGAUGGGUCUGACUUGGACUAACUUAAUUAACUGCGUAUAGAGGUUGAAUAAUGGAAGGCAAGAUUCUUUGCUCUUUAAAUUACAAGCGGUGGUUCAGGGUUGGAAGAGUUAACUGGAAUGUAUGAGAUGAGGUUAAAAUUACUAUCAGAUGAAAACGGAAAGUUGUUAGCAUUGAUUAAACAACUUAUCAAUGAAAACGAAUAGAAAGACUUAGCAAUAGCUUAAAGAGAUAAUAAAAUUUAUUAACUUGAAUUAAAUUAACAUGAACAUGAUGCACUCUAAGAAUUGCUUAAGAAAAAACAAGAUGAAAACUUAGAAUUAAGAGGAAAACUAUAGGGAUUGGAAGAACUUUUGAUAGAUGCAAGAAAAUAAGAAAUUGAAAAUUUUGAAUUAUAAAGUAAAAUCAAGAAUCUUGAAAAUGAACUGGCUAUGUGGAAAGAUAAAUUCAAGUUGUCUGAAGAAGAUAGAAACAGAUUGCUAUAGGAAUUAAGAGAAUUAUUGGAAAGAAUGAAUCAAUUAAACUUGGAUUCUGUUAAGAGAGGUCAAUUAUCUACUAUGGAUUUGUUAGAAGAUGAGAAUAAGAAGUUGAGAGAUUAAAUUAAUUAAAUAUUAAAUGAUCUAGAUUAAUGGAGAAAGAAGGCUUUGACUUUAGAAUUAUAAGUAUUUGAUCUCCAGGUUCAAGUAACUGAUUAAGAUAACAAUAAUAAGUUAUUGGUAAAAGAAAUCGAAAGAUUGAAUCAACAACUAGCAUCUAAAUAAUAAGAAAUAGAGAGGUUAAAGACGAAUCUCUAAUAAGCUGAAGAUCAUAUUAAAGAAUUGCAAGGGUUGAAACAAUAAAUUUAAGAGAAAUAAAGAGUCAUUGAUGAAUUAAAAAGAAAAAAUGAUGAAUAAGCCAAAUAACUUCUAGAGAAUGAGAAGUUGAAAAAGCAAUUGGAACAGAUCAGAGGUUACAAUACAGAUUUGCAAAAGUAAAAUGGUGUUUUGAAUUAUUAAAUUGAUCAAUUAAAUAGAACACUUGAAAAUAAGUAGUAAGCUUAUGAUAAACUAAAUAAUAAAUUAAAGUUUGUUGAAAACGAUAAUAACACUUUAAGAUAAUAAGUUUUGGAAAUCAAUGAGUUAUAAAUUGAAAAGUAAAGUUUAUUAUCAGAAUUGUCAUCAUUAGACAAGGAACUCAAAUUAAAGAGUGAACAGUUAGCUAAUGUUGAAAAAGAAUUAUAGAAUUUAUAGGAAAAACUACAACAAUUGAGAAUAAUUGAAUUAGAAUUAAAUAGAGCCAAGUCCUAAAUAGACAUGAAGGACAGAGACAUUGCUGAAUUGAGAAAAUAAAUUAAAGAUUUGACUGUUAAGAACUUUGAAUUAGAACAAAGAUUAAAAGAAUUGAUAUCUAAAGAAACAGAGUAUUUAAAGAUUUUCUAAUAAUGUGAAACUUAUAAAUCCCUAAAUGACCAACUUAACUUAUAAUUAGCUUAAUUAGAGGCAGAAAAUCAAUAAUUGUAGUCUUAAGUAGAUGGAUUGGCAGAAUUACAAAGUUAAUUGAAAGUGUUACAAUAAAAGUAUGAACAGACACUUAAAAUUAAUUCUGAUUUAAGUUCAAGAAAUUAAUAAUUAUAAUAAUAAUUAUAAAAUAUCUAAUAAUAGAAGAAUGUUAAUAAUUUAAGAGAUAAUUAAAUUAAUAUUGAACUAUAAAGAAAUAAUACUCUUCUAAAUUAAAAAUCAUAGUAAAUUGAGGAUUUGAGAUUGAAAUUGGCAAAAGCUGAAUAAUAAAUUGAUACUCUCAAUAAUUAAUUGUAAAACAAACAAUAAGAAUUAGAUAAUUAAAUAGUCUUAAAUGCUAAAUUAUAAGAUAGAAUCAAAGAAUUAGAAUCUGAAUUACUCAAUCUUAAGAAAACUCUUCAAAGUUUGUAAGAUUAAAAUACUUCUCUUAAAAAUGAUCAUCAUCUAUAACUCUAAGAAUUGAGAGAGGAAAUUCUCCGCAAAUAGGAGGAAAUCAAAGCACUUUAAAAAUUAGCUGAUUAAUAUAAAGAAAAGUAUUUGGAAAAUGAUCGCUAAUUAGCUGAUUUGAAGGGCCUUGAAAGAAAAUUAAAUGACAUUACAAUCUAAAAGAAUUAAUUGGCUGAUUUAAAUACAGCUUAUUAAGAUUAAAUAAGUAAAUUACAAAGUGAGAAUAGAUCAUUAUAAAUUAAGAUUCAAGAAACUCAUUUAUUUGAAGAUUAGAACAAACAAUAUGAAGCGAUAAUUGAAAAGUUGAAGGCAGAAAAUACACUAAAGAACAAAGAAAUCACAGAACUAAAUAUUAAAUUACCAACAUAUAUGUAGCAAGUUUCUGAUUUAGAAAAGAAGUUAUUAAGAACUGAUCAAUAAUUCUAAAUUUAUAAGAAUGAAGUAGAGAGAUUGAGACAAGAGAAAUAAAACUUAAUCAAGGAGAUUGAAGAGUUGAAGAGAAAGAAUAAGAAUUUAGAAUAGAAAGUGAAUGAAUUAAAUCAUUUAUAAGAACUGAUUCCUUAAUUAGAAUAAAAAGCUAAUAGACUAUAAAAUUAAGUAGAUAAACUAUCGAAAUAGAAUUUAGAUUAUAAUGAUUAAAUAAAUCUUUAAAAUGAGUAAUUAAGUUAACAGGAAUUGCAAAUAAGAACCUUAUUCUAAGUAAAAUCAAAUUUAUAAUAAUUGGAAUCUAAUUAUUCAUUAGUUGUCUAAUAAUUGAAUGAUUAGAGACUGCAAUCUGCAAAAUUGGAAUAGGCAUUUUUAAAUGAGUAGGAAUAACAUUAAAAGACUGCUGAUGAAUUAAAGAAAGCCACUAAGGAAUUGGAUCAAUUGAAAAAUAAAAUUGAAUAGUUAGAGAAGUAUAUAAAGGAAUUGGAGGGAAAACUAAUAAAAGAUAGAAUAUUAGAAUAAGAAUUAAAGGAAGCAAUAGGUUUCAACCUUACUUUGGAUACAAAACUCAAUCAAGUAAGAUAAGAAAAUGAGUCCUUGAAAAAUGAGAUUACAUAAUUAAAAGAAGAAUUAGAACAAUGGAAGGCUAAAUAUUUAUAGAAAGACAAUGAGGUUAAGACAUUGUAAGUGUAUAAAGCAGAAGCAAUUUAGAUGAGAAUAAUAAAUGAUGAAUUAACAGAUAAUUUCAAUAAAUUAACAAAAUAAUUGAAGGCUAUAACUUUAGAAAAAUAAAUAAUGGAAGAAGAUUUAUAAUAAUAGAUUGCAGAUUAGAAAUAGAGAAUUGCAGAAUUAGAAUAAUUAGUAGCAUAAAUUGAACCAUUACAAACUUAGGUGAAUGAUUUACAACAAUUAGUAAAUAAAUUGUAGAAUGAAAAUAAAUUACUAGCCAAAAAAUUAGGAGAAGCUCAGACUAAAGUGAAAGAGCUCGAAAGUAAAAUAGAAGCAUAUGAAGUUAUGGAGAAGGAUUAUUAGAAAUUAUAGGCCAAUUAUGCUGAAAAAGCUUAAGACUUGAGAAUGACAAAAGAGGAUUUAGACAAGACUACUUUAUAAUUGGAUAAGGUGACUAAGGAAAAGGAGAAUCUAGAUAUGAGAAUAGCAAUGUUGGCUGCAGAAAUCGAGAGAUAAAAGCAUUUAAACAAAAAUAAAUAAGAAAAAAUAGAUGAAUUAACUAAUUAAAAUACAGAUUUAUCAAAUGUUGUUGCUUAACUUGAGCCAUUAGAUCCUGAAAACACAAGAUUGUCAGAAUAAAUUUAAGAAAUGAAGAAGAAAACAGAUCAAGAUUAAUUGGAUUUAAUGAAAAAGGAUGAUGAAAUAAAUAAGUUGAAUAAUGAAGUUUAUGGAUUGUAAAAUAAAGUGGCAUUACUUGGACCAGAAAUAGAGAGAGCUAAGCUAAAGUACAAUGGAGCUUAAAAUACAAUUAAGGAACUUGAAGAAAAAUUAUAAGAUUAUGAACACUUAUAACAAGAAUUAGGAAAUUUGGACAACGCUUUAAAUUAAGCUGAGGAGAAGGUGUAGAAUUUAGAGAAGGAAAACAAUACUCUUCAUUAAACAUUAACAGCUAAGUCAGAUGAAUUGAAUUAGGCCAAAGCCAAUGUCAAUGACCUUUAAAACUAGUUGAAUUUGUUGAAUGAAUAACUAAUUAAUUAAUAAUAAUUGGAAAAUGAAUUAUAAUAGAAAGAUCACGAGAAUUAAUAAUUGAAAGAAAAGAUUGGGCAAUUAUAGUAAUAGAUAGAACAACUAGAAUAGAUUAAGUACGAUAAUGAGGGUAAGAUCGCUAUGUUAGCAACUCAGAUCGAAGCCUUAAAAUAUAAAUACUAAGUGGCUGAAAAUAAAUUAAAAGAAUAAGAGAAUAUAAUUGGAUAGUUGAAUGAUGAUUUGGAUAACUUUGACAAACACAUUUAGGAGUUGGAGGGUGAAAACCAGGAUUUAAAGGAUAAAAUGUAACAGCAAUCUAUUAGAGCCUAUUGA